UUGACUAGCAUUCGCAUUGCGUAUACGACGCAUUGAGCGUGUGUUGAGACAGCGCCUUAUAAUUCAUUUAUUGGCAUAAUUUCGUUUUAUUUUUAUUUGCUUCACGGCAUUUGCGAUUGCCUUUGAUGCGGAGAUGAGGAGAUACACAAAUGCUCGAUGGCAAAUUGAAAACAUAUUGAAUAUUGAAUUUGCUGUUGCCAGUUGCCGGUUACCAGUUGCCUCCGCCUCAUCUAGAGCAGCCACCAGUCUAUUUAAUUAUGUAGCUGCGCACGCGACGCUGCAUACAAUUAGAGGUCGAUGAUGCUGCUGUUGCUGCUUCCACGUUUACUUCUGUAGCUGUUGCUAUUUCUACUGCUGCUGCUGCUGCAUUCAUUAUAAAGCACUUUAAUCUACGGAACAUGAACGCAAACAUGGAUCACGCGCGGUCUAAUAAAUUGGCGCACAAAGUGAACAAAGAAGCGAGAAGAAGCGCAAGCGAACGAAAAGAAAAAUCCAUGAAUCUGAAUCUUUAGCAGUCGUUGCUACUCCAACUGGUUAUAUUUCUUACCUCUGUGUGUGUGUGCUCUCUGUGUGGACAGGAAACAGACAACAAGAAUACAUCCAUGGACAUGGUCAUGGAUGUCUGGCAUGGCGUCUAGCAUUUUGCGACGUGACUGGGAAAAUGCAUUUCCGCUGCACGUACAAUCUGGCCAACAAAUUUACAACGGCAAACCGAAAACUAAAACGAGGCACACGUAAGUCAAUCAGCAACUGGACAGCAGAGUAGCAGAGUAGCAGAAGCACAAGCAGUGGCAGUAGUAGCUGGAUAACAACAACACUUACAAUCUGAACACUAAUGCAAUGCGGAAGUAACACUCCAAUUUAACAGAUGUCUGUGUAGGUGCUCUGUGUGGCAACUGAUUUUGUUGCUAAGUGAAUGAGUUACUUCCGCUUUGCUUAACAGUUUUAAAUAAAAUCACAUCACAGAGAGCCAAAAGGUCCUUUUAUAUGAUAUAUGAACGUAGCUCGCAUCCUUUAUUAUGCUCCAAAGUUUGCAUUCUAAUUGUCUUCGUUGCUUUGCUAGUUUAGAGUUAGAGUUCUAUAUUUAUUUUCUCGUCUAUUUCAAAUGGCAACUUUGCCAACUAAUCCUGUUUUGCUAGAUAAACCACAAACUUUAACAAAUCUCUGCAAUGUGCAAUCACAAAAAAUAGACGAAUGAAUUUCGAAAAAAAAACUUUGCAAUUAAAAUGCAAAAAUUAUGAAGUGAGUUUUGUGAGUUCUGCGUGAAAUGCGCUCCAAGCAAACAAAAAUAUUGUUAAGCCUCAAGCCCAUAAAAGUUGUGCGGGUUUUUGCAGCACACAAAUAGAAAAAAAAAAUUAGCAUAAACACCUUUGCAUGAGGGUCGCUAUAAGAUGAUUAGAUAUUAAAAUAUAUAAAUUCAAUGGAUAGUUAAAUAGUAUUUGGAAUAUAUAUGAAUGCGUUCGAGAUUGAUUUUGUUGCAUAAUUCAAGAAAAACAAACACAUUAAACAUGCUUGUAAUCGACACUGGCUCUGUCUGAUAAAACAUUAAUUUAUUUGUUUGUAUGUUUGACGUCUCCCCUCGUCGAUUGAAAUGAAAAUGAUAUGCCAUUGUUAAUAGAUACAUCGAUUUCAUGUGGUGCAAUUAACACCUUGCGAGCUACACACAAAUAUUUGCUAAACUUAUCGAAUGUGUUUAUCAGCGACAAGUUUGACACACAGAGAAAUAGACACGGUCUAUUUUUUUUCGUUUUUUUUUGUUAUUAUCAGUGGCACAUGUAAAAAUUGAGAGCCGUGAAAAUCGAAUAGUGUGUCUUGUGCUCACAUUUUACGAGUUUCUUUUGACCAGCGAAAAUAACUGGCAUUAGUUGAGCGUCAAGUGUUUUUAGUUUAGCAAUGAAGUUUAGUGCUUUGCGAUGUCUGGCGGUCGGCGGCAACGUUUGCUGCUCAACCUUUGCGUGGUCUUCAUCUUGGCCUGUUUGCUGCUGCAGUUAACUGUGCUGCGAGCCACAUUCGAUGAUACGGAAUUGGAUUUGACAAGUGAUUUGCAGCAUGAUUACCUCGACGUGGAGUGGCGAGAGUUUAUUGCUCAUACGCCCGAGCAGCCGGAUACAUUUUUUCAAUACAAUCGCCAGCUAAGUGACAAGUUGGCUGCAGUGCGUUCGUUGCCGGUGACACGACAUGACAGCUGCAACACACGCAACUAUCAGUUGCCACAUGCCUCGGCCGCCCAGCUGAGUGUUGUGAUUAGUUUUCACAAUGAGGCGCGUUCCAUAUUGUUGCGCACGAUCUGCACACUGAUCAGUCGCACUUCCCGCGAUUAUCUGCACGAACUCAUUAUCAUCGAUGACUGCAGCGACGAUGACGAGCUGCUGGUUAGCCUUGAUGGGAUUUUAAGGCGCAUAUUCCACGCUCAUCCUGCGUUCAUCUUCAGACGCAAUCGACAGCGCAGAGGAUUGAUUUGGUCACGCAACGAGGGCGCCAGAGUGGCCAGCGGGCAUUACUUGCUCUUUCUCGACAGCCACUGCGAGGUCAACGCCGGUUGGCUGGAACCCCUGCUGGACCGGCUGGCGUUGAACUCCAGUCGUGCGGUCAGUCCGCUGUUGGAUCCCAUUGACCCCGAGACCUUGAGUUACCUAGCUGGUAAUGUGUUGCUGAAGGGCGGCUUCGAUUGGAGUCUGCAUUUCCAUUGGUUGCCACGACAAUUUGCGGACGGUGAGCGAGCGGAGGAGGCAUAUAAAAGUCCUGCGUUUGCUGGUGGCAUUAUGAUGAUCUCACGCGAAUGGUUCUUCAAGUUGCAGGGUUUCAAUCCACACUUGCAGAUUUGGGGCGGCGAGUCCAUUGAGUUUGCCAUUAAAUUGUGGCUUUGCGGUGGACAAAUUGAGAUCGUGCCAUGCAGCCGAAUUGGACAUAUUUUUCGCUCCCGCCAUGCCUUUGAGUUUCCGGCACAGUUCGAAGAGCUCGAAGAGCAGCAACAGCAACAGCAACGGCAACAGCAACGGCAACUGGACACUGCCCAGGCGACAUAUUUGCGGAACUCAAAAAUCAUAGCCGAGUCCUGGCUGGACGAGUACAAAUAUUUGUUCUACACCCUCAAACCGGUGGCCAAACAAAUUCCAUUGAAUCUCUCGCAGCACGAAUUGGCGUCAAUAAAGACUGGACAGCGUUGUCAACGCUUUGACUGGUUCCUGCGGCAUGUGCAGCCGGACCUAAAAGUUCACAAUGCCAAAUUUAGUGCUUUGGGCACAUUACGUAAUGAGGAUCGUUGUUUGCAUGUCGAAGAGUCUCAGCUGCUGCUCGUCAGCUGUUAUCGUAUGGAGAUUACUCAGUGGCGUCUGCAUCGUAACACUGGACAGCUGAGCACUGGUCAAAAGCGCUGUUUGGGCGUCUUAAAUGAAUCGCAGCUCUCGUUGCAGCCUUGUUCAGUUGGCGCACUGAUUAAUCAUACGCAACGUUGGCAGCGACGCGAUACGCAGUUGCUGCAUUCUGGCACGCAUCUGUGUCUGGAUAAUCCGCUCAAGAAUCAGCUGGCGCUGAGCAUCUGUCGUGCUCUAGCGGCAUCACAAUCAUUUCAAUUUGCAUUGGAAAUGGAGGCGCAGACAAACUAAAGCUCAAGCUGUAAUGGCUGGAGGAGAUUGUUAGAAGUUUCGCUGGAGUUGCAGCACACUAAUCAAAAUGUUUCCAUGUUGUGCUAAUCUCUGUGAAAUAUUUCCGGCGACCGUACGUAGAUUAUCAGCAGCCAAGGGGAAGUACUAAAUAAUGGGCGACACACAAAGGUGAAGCGAAUGCCGGAAUGCGACGGCUUGGUUGUUCCUUUUAUUUUGUUUUUUUUUUUGUGUGGCAGAGCUAUCAAGACUUCGCGCGCUUCCUGUCGCAUCCAUCACACGCGACAGCAGACAAUGAAACUGCAGCGAGCAGGAACUGAAGCUGAAGCUGGAGCUGGAGCAGCGAGAUAAAAGACUGCGACGUCGCGCUUAUUGUGUGCCUUGUUUAGACGGCUCCAGCAUCAGUUGUGGGAACAAUGCGCGGCGCGUCUGCAAUUGUUGUCCAAAAGGGGCACAUCAAAGUCCUCGACGGGAGGGAGGGGGACGCGACCAGCAAAAUGUAAUUGAGUUGAUGACUGCCCGACGCGCUUCCGGCAGCUUUGAUGGCCUCCGGAAGUGAGUGACAAAAAAGACGAUGUCGCGACGUCGGUGGCGGCAUCACAAUAAAAACUCCCAUGCAACAGAGUUGGACAAUGGACAACCGAAGCUGUAGCUGAGGCUGAGGCUGAGGCAGAGGCAGAGGCCAACGGCGGACAGUGAACAAUUUGCAAUUUGAGUAUUGUUUUCUUUGGACAUCUUUGCGGUAAUAAAGCGUAAAAGUUAAUUUUGUAUCUCAGCAGUAAGAAGAACAAUAAGAAGCAACAGCAACAGCAACAACAAGGGUUGCAGUUGACAAUAUGGUGGCAACUUUUCAACAACAACAUUCAUUUUGUGGUAUCGCGGCAACAGGCAGCAAGCAACCUGCAACCUGCUGCCGGCAACUUGCCACUGCCACAUAGCUGCAAGCAAUGCGUUGCGCUGCCGGUAACUGCCAAGCAGCGCGUAAAAUCAUAUUUUUUUAUGACAAUUUAUAAGAAACAACAACGCAAGGCAACAACAAGGCAGCAAUAUGCGCUGGAAAAGUAAACGCAAAGAAGGUUAUUAAAACUUUAAUAUCUCAAUAUUUUCAAAUUAUAUUUAUUGUAAAUUGAAUAGCUUAAGUUCUAAAUAAAUGAAUAUUUAUUAAAUAAAAUGAAAGCUAUUCAAAAAUUAAAUGUAGAAAAGCU